AUGGAUUUCAAUUGCUCCGAUGUGAGUCUAUGGAAAGAGUCUCUCGCUUCCUACAGUUGUCGAAUUGAAGCGCUUAACAAGCCCAAUCUCGUCGCCCUCGAUGACUUCUAUCGCAAUGAACUUCCUUCUCUCAUCCUUGAACGAAACCCUAGUCCGUACAUCACCACUACUGACAUCUCCAAGCUCAUGCAAUGGAAGCUCACCCGAGGCAAAUGGAGGCCUCGAUUAUUGGAUUUUGUGUCGGCACUGGACGAAGACGUAGUGAAAUCGGCAUCGGAGAAGGCUUUUACAUCUCUUCCUGAUGUAUCAAAAGCUGUUUCGGAGCUUACGGUACUGAAAGGAGUUGGUCCGGCCACUGCAUCUGCCAUUCUGGCUGCUUAUGCGCCUGACAUUGCGCCGUUCAUGUCGGACGAGGCGAUGGUGGCGGCUCUUGGUAAUUCGAAAGAUUACACAUUGAAGCAGUAUGUUGUGUUUGUGGAUAAGUUGCAGGCAAAAGCAAAGGAAUUAAGCACAAAGGGGGAUUUGUUCACACCAUCAGAUGUGGAAAGAGCUCUGUGGAGUUCUGCUGCAGCGGCCAAGUUACAAGAUUCUUCUACUGAUGCUCAUCUCAUGGUUAAGCCAAACAAAAAUUCCAAGAGAAAGAGAAAAUGA